AUGGCGGCGCGGAAUCCGUGAGCCGAGCUGGACUCCCUUAUCCUGCAGCUGCUCGGGGACCUGGAGGAACUGGAGGCAAAGCGGGCGGCGCUGAACGCCCGGGUGGAGGAGGGCUGGCUCUCGCUCUCCAAAGCUCGCUAUGCCAUGGGUGCGAAGUCGGUAGGGCCUCUGCAGUAUGCCUCCCGCAUGGAGCCCCAGGUCUGCGUCUGCACCAGCGAGGCCCAGGACGAACCCCAGAAGUUCUGGAUGGUGAGAGCUGGCACCCAGACUCCAGAGGAGGUGGGACCCUGUGAGGCAGUUCUGCGCAGGUGUAAGGGUCUCACGAGGACCCCGGAGCCAGACCCCUCCCUAGCUACCCAGGACCCUCUGAACUGGUUUGGAAUCCUGGUACCUCACAGUCUGCGGCAAGCUCAAGCCAGCUUCUGGGAGGGUCUGCAGCUGGCUGCCGACAUGGCCAGCCUUCAGAUCUGCAUCGACUGGGGUCGAAGCCAGCUCCAGGGGCUGCAGGAGAAACUCAAGCAGCUGGAGCCCGGGGCUCCCUGACCUGCCACCACAGAAGCAAGGCAGUGAGCACAGCUGUUCUUCCAUGUGGCAGCAUUAUCUCAGGCCUUCUUCCUUCACAGAUUGCCCCCCACCCCAGCUAUUCCUCCCUCCUUAAUACUUCUCUGGUCUGCAUGUUGCCAACUUUGUUAGGUGGGGACGUUUGAAGGGACAAAGUGAGUAAUGUUGAAAACCACUACUCUGAAACCACUUCUAGACUUCUGUUGUCUCAGGACAUAUUCGUGUGGGGCAGGCACAAACCUGUUAGGUUAGUUCAUAUCACUGAACAACUGUAACAACCUGAUGCAUAAAUCAGCUGUGGUUUUUCAUUAAAGGAUGAAAUAUUGCACAGCUAGUGGCAGGGAAGGACAAGAAGUAGGUGCUUCGGUUUCACUAGAUCCUUAAAAGUGAUUUUGAUGGAGGAAAAAACCAUACACAGCUAACAGAUCAGGACAGAAUGAUUCCUCAUCGAUAAAACACACACAAACCUGAGU